GCCUCCGUCCUCCCCUGAUGCCCAUUCCUCCUGUUUACUUCCCUUUGUUUCUGUCUUGCCUUAGAGUGUUUAAAAGGGAGGCUAGCCUGAGCCAGGGUGAACAGCAGGACACCCCCCAGGAGACCGCCUUGGACAUCAGCCUGAGCUAUAUCUACAAGUUCCUGACACUGUGUGCCCUAGUACAGCCAGGGUUCACCACUGAUGAGAACCUCUUGGACCUGAUUGAGCUGCUGUGCAGAGCUGGCCUGGACGUGCGGCUGCGCCUGCUGCCCCAGACAGACCUCCAGCAGCUCCUGCUCCUGCUCCUGGAGAACAUCCAGGAAUGGCCAGGGAAGCUCCAGCAGCUGUGCAGUGCCCUGAGCUUGGUGUCGGAUCACCACCACAACCUGCUGGCGCUUGUGCAGUUCUUCCUGGAUGUGACCUCCCGGAGCAGGCAGCUUCGAAGCCAGCUCAGCCUCGUGGUCAUUGCCCGGCUGCUGGACCAGCAGGAGACACUCUCUCUCUGGCAGGAGAAGGCCCAGCUGGUAGAGCUCAGCCGGCUCCUGAGCCUCAUGAGGCCAUCAUCCCUUGGGCUGUACCUGGACUCUGAGACCUUGCCACCCUGCCAGGAACAACAGCCAAAGGCCAGUGCUGAGCUAGACCACAAGGUCUGCUACCUGUGUCACAGCCUCCUGACACUUGCUGGGGUGGUGGUCAGCUGCCAAGACAUUACUCCAGACCAGUGGGGAGAGCUGCAGCUGCUAUGUUUGCAAUUGGACUGCCACAUCAGCACCCAUAUCCGGGAGAGCCCCCAGGCCAUGCACCGGACCAAACUCAAGGACCUAGCUGCCCAGACCUACAUCCGCUGGCAGGAGCUGCUGUCCCACUGCCAGCCCCAGGCCCAGUACUGCCGCCCCUGGGAAGACGUCUAAUGGAGCAGGGUAGGAGUGGCCCAUGGCUCUUGGCUCUGGCAGGGAGUGAACAGGACCCAUGGAACUGGAGGAAGCAAAGAAUGGAGGCCAGAGGAGGACCAGUCUGAUGAAACAAGAGCCCUCUACCACCACUGCCCUGACCCCGCCGGCAAGGGAUCCUGCCUCACCCUGCCUGCCCACCCCACACCCACCGUUCUCCUUCCCCACUCAGCACGUCCUCUGCACCCAAGGCCCUCCCAGGCCACAGUCCUCCCAUCCUCCUUCCUCUCCCUGUCACCAAUGUGAGGUUUCUUUGUGUGCACUAAAGUCUAAUUUCACAUCAGUGGUUCAGAUGAUUUCCUGCAAUCCCUAUGCUGAGGUCCCAUGCCCAGCAUCCAGUUUGCUGAAUGCUCACCUCAGUCAUGUGACUGGGACUCAGUCCCUGCUGCCCUAUAGCAGGGGGCUAUUUGUAAACCUCCAAGAAGGAUCAGUUGUUCCUGUGGCCCCAGAAACCCCCUGGGGCCUGGACAGGGAACAUGUGUCCGGACCUAGUCUGGGACCAUUCCCCACUCCCACCCUAUUGGGGAAGAUCCCCAGAGUGAGACAGUAGAUCAAAGCUGUAAUCACACUUAGUUCAGUCUAUUGUCGAGCUCGAGCUCGGAAAUCAACU